AGAACCAAUUGAUUGGAGGUUGCAUGCAGUAGGCGGAACCUGGACACACUCAACAUCCCACAUUCAAUAGAUUAUGAGCUACAUUUUUAUAGUGAACACAUUACAUUUACACACCAAUUGAGAAGGAGCGCACACGGAUCUCAUAAAAUAUUGAUUGCCGUAUAACAGGUAACGGAGUGAAGAGCCACAAGACAAAGAAAAAACGGCAAAGAAGCAGAUGCAAGAUUCGUGUGGAGAUAUUCGGACUGAGUACAUUGGCACACUAGUUAUCUCUGACUCCUGAAGGAAAAGAGGAAAAGAAAAGAGGACAUCAGACACACACACACACACACACACACACACACACACACACACACACACACACACACACACACACACACACACACACACACACACACACACACACACACACACACACACACACACACACACACACACACACACACACACAUCCAUCAGCACAAAGAUCCAUCCAUCAGCACAAAGAUCCAUCCAUCAGCACAAAGAUGAGUGACGAUAAAGCAGCUGAAAGCGUUGAACCUGCUCCACCAUCUCCAGCACCAGAGGCAGCACCAGCUCCAGCACCAGCAGCAGCACCAUCUCCAGCACCAGAGGCAGCACCAGCUCCAGCACCAGCAGCAGCACCAGCUCCAGCACCAGCGGCAGCACCGGCGCCAGCAGAGAUGAACUCUAUUCCCAAUGGGAAAGGCCAUGAGCCUGGGGAGGAAACCACAGCGGCAGCCAAAAUACCACCAGGAGACACCACAGAGCAGGAAAUUGUUCCUAAUAGUGUCCAAAAUGUCAGAAGUGAGGAUCCAGAGGCUAACCUUGCAGAGAGUCAGGAGUUCCUGUCUAGCAUGGAGGACAAGAAGACCACAGGCUUCACAGACUUUGAGGGGAAGACCUCUUUCGGAAUGUCAGUAUUCAACUUGGGCAACGCCAUCAUGGGAAGUGGAAUUCUGGGAUUGUCGUACGCCAUGGCCAACACAGGGGUCGUCCUAUUCCUGGUGCUCCUGACGGUAGUGGCUGUCCUCUCAUCUUACUCCAUCCACUUGCUACUCAAGUCCUCUGGCAUUGUGGGUAUCCGGGCGUAUGAGCAGCUGGGCCAAAGGGCGUUUGGAACGCCAGGAAAGAUGGCCGCCGGUAUUGCCAUCACACUGCAAAACAUCGGAGCCAUGUCCAGUUACCUGUACAUCGUGAAGUAUGAGUUCCCUCUGGUCAUCCAGGCCUUCCUGGGGGUUGACAAUCCAUCAGGUGAGUGGUACCUGAAUGGGAACUACCUGGUCAUCAUGGUGUCCAUCAGUGUCAUCCUGCCUCUGGCUUUGAUGAAGCAGCUAGGGUACUUGGGCUACACCAGUGGCUUCUCCCUCACCUGCAUGGUCUUCUUCCUCAUCUCGGUCAUCUAUAAGAAGUUCCAUACCCCCUGUCCCUUUAUAGACUUUGCCUUUAACAGCACAGCCAGUGUGAUUGCUGUUACCAACGACACAGGUUACAACCAAGCCUGUGUUCCCAAAAUGGUCAACCUCAACUCACAGACUGCCUACACCAUCCCCAUCCUGGCGUUUGCCUUUGUGUGCCACCCUGAGGUCCUGCCCAUCUACACCGAGCUCAAAAACCCAACCAAGCAAAGGAUGCAGCAUGUGUCCAACAUCUCCAUUGUAGUCAUGUACACCAUGUACUUCCUGGCUGCUCUGUUUGGAUACCUGACCUUCUAUGGUGAGGUGGAGUCAGAGCUGCUGCACACCUACAGCCGUCUGGACCCGUACGACACCCUGAUCCUCUGUGUCCGUCUGGCCGUGCUCACCGCUGUCACACUCACCGUCCCCAUAGUGCUCUUCCCUGUAAGGAGAGCCAUCCAGCAGUUGUUUUUCCCCAACAAGACAUUCUACUGGCCCCGCCACAUUGCCAUUGCUGUCACCCUGCUCACCCUCAUCAACAUGCUGGUCAUCUUCGCCCCUAACAUCCUGGGCAUCUUCGGCAUCAUCGGUGCCACAUCUGCCCCCUGCCUCAUCUUCAUCUUCCCUGCUGUCUUCUACAUCCGCAUUGUACCCGAAGAGGAGGAGCCCAUGCGCUCUACCCCCAAAAUCCUGGCUGCCUGCUUCGCUGGAAUAGGCUUCCUGUUUAUGGUAAUGAGCCUCAGCUUUAUCCUCAUUGAUUGGACGUCGGGGAGUAGCAAAGCCAGCAGCGGUCAUUAGGCUCCUUCUAUAAGUCUUCUGUUUUUAUAUUGUAAAUCUAGACCUGUAUUGUAUUUUCUCUGUGUUGUCAUGGAUCAUAUUUAGUAGAAGAUGCACUAUCUCUUCCUCCAGAAUGAGUGGGCCAUAGUGUCUAGAGAUGGGGAAUUCAAUCUUCUGGAGGUUUCUGCUCCUCGUUGGACUGCUUCUCACUCAAGGUCCAUGGAAUUGUAGCCCCAGCCAAACUGUGUAUAGAGGGAAAGGCCAACAUACUUUCCUGGGGAAGACGAUAGUGCAUUAGAAAGAAAUGGAAAGUCAUGCUGGCUUGCUGAAUCUGCCACCACCUCCCAUUCCAGGCCUGCCCUCCAGACCAGACCCAUAAUCUAUUACCCUAUAAACGUGUAAUCUGUCAAUCACAGCAAGAAUCUAACUGCCACACUCCAGUCUAGAUAACCACAUAGCUUUCAGUAGGGGAGAAGAAGACAGAACAGAUCGUUGGAGGCUGGGCAGUUCUUUCAUAUUUGUAGGCCAAGUCUACUGUGUUAAGUUAUUGAUGUAGUUAGGUCAUGGCAAUAUUCGGUACAAUAGCUGAGGGAAUGUGGCAUUAAAUGCUAUUGGACAGAGGCAGAGCGGUGGUUACUGUGGCAACGUCCAGUGACCCGUGCUGGUGUUGUCACCCCGGUGGCCAGAUGCCAUCCUUAAUCUACACGCUCGGCUUCAUUCCUCACAGAUAUCAGAGGAUGGAACCAUGCAACUGAUAUGCAACUGUACAGUGUGUGCAGUCUUAUGACUCUACCAUUACAAUACAGUAUGAUAUAUAUACAGUAUCAGUCAAAAGUAUGGACACACCUACUCAUUCAAGGGUUUUAUUCAUUUGUACUAUUUUCUACAUUGUAGAAUAAUAGUGAAGACAUCAAAACGAUGAAAUAACACAUAUGGAGUCAUGUCGUAGACGAAAACGUGUUAAACAAAUCAAAAUAUAUUUGAGAUUCUUCAAAGUAGCCACCCUUUGCCUUGAUGACAGCUUUGCACAUUCUCUCAACCAGCUUCACCUGGAAUGCUUUUCCAACAGGAGUUCCAACAUAUGCUGAGCACUUGUUGGCUACUUUUCCUUCACUCUUCACCAACUCAUCCCAAACCAUCUCAAUUAGUUUGAGGUCAGGUGAUUGUGGAGUCCAGAUCAUCUGAUGCAGCACUCCAUUACUCUUCUUCUUGGUCAAAUAGCCCUUACAGACUGGAGGUGUGGUGGGUCAUCGGGUGGCAGGUAGCCUAAUGGUUAGAGAGUUGGACUUGUAACCGAAAGGUUGCACGAUCGAAUCCCUGAGCUGACAAGGUAAAAAUCUGUCGUUCUCCCCCUGAACAAGGCAGUUAACCCACUGUUCCUAGGCCGUCAUUGAAAAUAAGGAUUUGGUCUUAAAACCUGUUACGGCUUGACGUUCCGUUAGCGGAAAAUUGCAGAGCGCGAAAUUCAGAAUAAAUUAUUAGAAAUAUUUGACUUUCAUAAAAUCACUAGUGUAAUACACCAAAUUAAAUCUUAACUUCUUGUUAAUCCAGCCACCAUGACAGAUUUCAAAAAGGCUUUACGGCGAAAGCAAACCAUGCGAUUAUCUGAGGACAGCACCCCAUCAUACAAACACGUGAAAUCGUAUUUCAACCAAGCAUGUGCGACACGAAAUUCAGAAAUCACGAUAUAAUUCAUGCCUUACCUUUGAAGAUCUUCUUCUGUCGGCACUCCAAUAUGUCCCAGAAACAUCACAAAUGGUUCUUUUGUUCGAUAAACUCUGUUUACAUAUCCCCAAAAUGUCAAUUUAUUUGGCACGUUUGAAUCAGAAAUACACUGGUUCCAACUCGCACAACAUGACUACAAAUUAUCUAAUAAGUUACCUGUAAACUUGGUCCAAACAUUAAACAAUGAAUCCAACUUUAGGUAUACUAAAACGUAAAUAAUUGAUACAAUUUAAGAUGGAAUAUACUGUGUUCAAUAGCAGAUAAAAUCAACGUGGAGCACGCAACAAACAAAAGAGUACACUUGGCUUGACAUACAGAAAGGAAAGGGCUACUUCUUGAUUUCUCUAAGGAAAAAUAUCACCCAAUUACUAAAGACUGUUGACAUCUAGUGGAAGCCAUAGGAACUGCAACCAGGUGGCUCAUAAAUCUAGUUCCCCAUAGAAAACUAAUAGAAAACACAGUCACCUCAAUUUCUUUUUUCCUGGAUGGUUUGCUCUCGGGGUUUCGCCUGCCAAAUAAGUUCUGUUAUACUCACAGACAUAAUUGUAACCGUGUUUGAAACUUUAGAGUGUUUUCCAUCCAAAUCUACCAAUUAUAUGCAUAUCCUAGCUUCUGGGCCUGAGUAGCAGGCAGUUUACGUUGGUCACGCUUUUCAUCCGGAAGUGAAAAUACUGCCCCCUAUCCCAAAUAGGUUUUAACUGACUUGCCUAGUUAAAUAAAGGGAAGGAAAAGGUUGUCCUGUUGAAAAUGAUAGUCAAACUAAGUGCAAACCAGAUGUGAUGGUGUAUCGCUGCAGAAUGCUGUGGUAGCCAUGCUGGUUAAGUGUCCCUUGAAUUCUAAAUAAAUCACAGAUAGUGUCACCAUGCUUCAUGCUUCAUUUGGGAACCACAUGCGUUCAUCUACUCAGUGUCUCACAAAGACACGGCAGUUGGAACAAAAAAUCUCAAAUUUGGACUCAUCAGACAGAUCCACUGGUCCAUUGCUCGUGUUUCUUGGCCCAAGCAAGUUUUUUUUUUUAUUGGUGUCCUUUAGUAGUGUUGUUUUUGCAGCAAUUCGACCAUGAAGGUCUGAUUCAAGUAGUCUCCUCUGAACAGUUGAUGUUGAGAUGUGUCUGUUACUUGAACUCUGUGAAGCAUUUAUUUGGGCUGCAAUCUGAGGUGCAGUUAACUCUAAUGAACUUAUCCUCUGGGUCUUCCUUUCCUGUGGUGGUCCUCAUGACAGACAGUUUCAUCAUAGCGCUUGUUGGUUUUUGUGACUGCACUUGAAGAAACUUUCAAAGUUCUUGACAUUUUCGGCAUUGACUGACCUUCAUGUCUUAAAGUAAUAAUGGACUGUCGUUUCUCUUUGCUUUUUUGAGGGGUUCUUGUCAUAAUAUGGACUUGGUCUUUAACCAAAUAGUGCUAUCUUCUGUAUACCACCCCUACCUUGUCACAACACAACUGAUUGGCUCAAACGCAUUAAGAAGGAAAGAAAUUCCACAAAUGAACUUUUAACAAGGCGCACCUGUUAAUUGAGAGAAUGCCAAGAGUGUGAAAAGCUGUCAUCAAGGCAAAGGGUGGCGACUUUGAAGAAUUUCAAAUCUCCAAUAUACCUCCAAUAUAUAUCUUUAACAUGUUUUUGUUUACUACAUGAUUCCAUAUGUGCUAUUUCAUAGUUUUGAUGUCUUCACUAUUAUUCUACAAUGUAGAAAAUAGUAAAAAUAAAGAAAAAUCCUGGGAUGAGUAGGUGUGUCCAAACUUUUGACUGGUACUAUAUAUACAGAUAUAUAUAUAUAUUUUUUUUUCCAUUAUUUUUUUGAUAAAGAAAGAUUGGGUAUGGACUUUUCAGUCUAUCCUCAGCAACAGUAUUAAGGCUAGCAUUUCACAUUGGUGUGUCUCUUCGAUAUGUGCAAUGAACUAUAUCAGAAUAGCUUUUUCAUGAUUCGAGGAGCAGCUCUGAUGUCUAAAAUGGAAGGAAAGCCUGGCUAUGAGCUGCCUCCUCAGUAUGAGAGUCUAUUAUCGAGGUGUUGGAGGUGGAGGGUACUGUUAACCUCAUCCGGGAUCAGUGGGGGUGUAUAUCUCUGCAUCGUCAUGUUUUGAUAUUGAGAUGGCUCACUGAUCUAGGACCAGUGUUCUAAGUGUAAGAGGAGGCUCUCUACCCAGGUUUGUUGAUAUGCUGUUUCUGAACAUUUACUAAGAGUAAUCAGAGAUAAACAAAACAAAAAAAAUUAAAAACUCACAGGGUCAAUUCAUUACGUGGAGAAUCAAGGAUGGCGUGUGUAAAUAUAGUUAUUUCCAGGACAAGCCCAUUUUUGAGCUUGGUCCCUAACUAAAGAUUAGUCUAGUGACAUGGUGCCAUGAUGAGAACACAAUGUGGUGUCAAUGUCUCUCUAACAUCCCUGCAAAGUAGGUGGUUAGUUAUAGCACUGUCAGCUGAUAAGCACAACUUUUUCCGAUAGCCAAUUAAUCAAUUGACAUGCAAACAAUUUAUUUGUAAGAUACUCAUACAUUUUAUAGAUCUGAUUUUAACGGACUACCAUUUGUAAUAACCAUCUAUGAACAUGUGUCUAAAUCCUAAGUAAGUUAUAUAAUCCUGUGUAUGUUACGUUACAAAAAUAUAUGUAUUUACGGUCUAACAUGGUACAAGGAUGUUUCCUCCAACUACUUGAAGCUCUUUCUCUCCUGUUCGGUGUCUGCAUAGUGCUCAGCAGUCCUGCAAUGAUUUAAGUGUGAACAUGGUGUGUGAACAUGGUGUAUGUCUGUUCAUCUGCUUCAAUAUGGAAAGAACACAACUGUGUACAGUGGAUGUACUGUGAGGAUUGUAAGUGUGUCCAUGUUGUUGAAAUGAAGCAUGGAUGUAUUGUAUUUGAAUUGUGGUUACUUAUACACUAUAUUGUAUUGUGAAACAAUCAAGGGAUUCAUUAACCAUAAGUGUAACUGAAGUGUUGAUCUCUUAUCAUUAUGCAGUAUUUAAUGAGUAUGUAAGAUUUAAAAGCCUGACUAAACCUUUCAUAAUUUCAGACUAGAGUGUUGUCAGGUAUGAGUGGCAUAUUAUUUCUGGUCAGUUUUUUAAACAUCCCUGUCUGCCAACUCCUUGUGUUGAGCAGGUUUGAUAGAUCAGGUGAAAUGUCCCUUGUCUCUCUCUGUUGUUUUGCUUGUGAUGAAGUUGCAGAUUCAACAUUACAUACAGUGAGUGCUGUAAUAUUGUACACAAGUAUUGUAUCAUUGUUCUGUCAAACCUAGAUGUGAGGGCAAAAAAAGUCCUCUCUCAAUCAAUCAUUGAUCAACUCUUCCUCAGAGAAUGAUGACCAUUCUGCAUGUUCCAGUAUAUAGAAAGACUGGUCAGUAUCAGCCAGCUCAGCUCAGCUCAGCUCUGCUCUCUCUGUCUAUUAGUCAUUUAUGUCAUAGCUUAACAGAUGAUUAUGUUUCCAUUUAGAUAAAAAUCCAUGUUUAAAGUCAUGAACAACAUGUUUGUGUUAUUCUGAUGCCAUAUACAACUGUUACUGGUAUAUUAUUCUGGACUAGUAACCGAAAGGUUGUACCGAAAGGUUGUAAGAUCGAAUCUCCGAGCUGACAAGGUAAAAAUCUGUCAUUCUGCCCCUGAAGAGGGCAGUUAACCCACUGUUUCUAGGCUGUCAUUGAAAAUAAGAAUUUGUUCUUAACUGACUUGCCUAGUUAAAUAAAAAAUACAAAAAUCUGUGACAUACAGUAUCAGCCCUUAUAAAUAUAAUUUAUUAGCACCAGGGGGCGACAUUGUAAAAGUGGCUGAUCUGAUACCUUGACGAGUCUGGUAACUUGCUCCAUACAGUAUCAAACUCUCAUUUCCUUGUGUGAUUUAAUGAAAUUGGUAUAUGAGUUUAUAACAACUUUAAUGAAAUAUUAUAAAUAAUGUAUAUAAAUGUAAACCCUUUUCAUUCAAUAUGCAUAUCUAGUUUGCAUAAUGUAAAUAGCAGGUACAGUUUUAGUUUGAUAAUUAAAAAGAUAAAUGUAAUCAUUUUAAAGUGCUUUUAAACCUAUUUGCCCUUCCUUUUAUGUCUUUAUUUUCUUGUAUAUCAAUAUAUUUGAAUACAUUGCUGGCAGUAAUUGUACUGUAAACAAUGUUGCAAUAAAAAUAAUAAAAUAACAUUAUACUUUG